UCAGACGGAGAGAGAGAGACAUAGGGAGGGUGAUGGAGGCUACAGCGAUGGGGUCAGACGUGGGUCCUCCAACAUGGCGGCAGCGUCGUACGACCAGCUGCUGAGGCAGGUGGAGGUUUUGAAGAUGGAGAACUCCAAUCUGCGACAGGAGCUGCAAGACAACUCCAACCACCUGACCAAACUGGAGACCGAGGCCUCGAACAUGAAGGAAGUGCUGAAGCAGCUGCAGGGCACCAUAGAAGAAGAGUCUGGAGAGGCGUCAGGCUGUCAGCUGGAGCUCAUCGAAAGACUGAAAGAGAUGAGCCUGGACUCUGCAGGUUUUAAGCCCAGGUUGAGGUCUCCCCUGCCCCCCUCGUCCUCCUCCAGCUCGGCCUCUUCAGCUUGCGGAGCUCCUGGAGGAGCGGCUGGAAGCUCCGGAGCUCAAGGCCCCCCGACAACCGCUGCCUUCCCCAGGAGAGGGUUGCCAUCUGCGGGCAGAGACAGCCACGACCGGUGCCUGGAGGAGCUGCAGAAGGAGAGAUCUCUCCUAUUGGCUGAGCUGGAGAAGGAGGAGAAGGAGAAGGACUGGUACUACGCUCAGCUGCAGAAUCUCACCAAGAGGAUCGACAGUCUGCCGCUCACUGAAAACUUCACUCUGCAGACGGAUAUGAGUCGUCGUCAGCUGGAGUUUGAAGCUCGUCAGAUCCGUUCAGCCAUGGAGGAACAGUUGGGCUCCUGUCAGGAGAUGGAGAGGAGAGCUCAGGCUCGUGUGUCUCGUAUUCAGCAAAUAGAGAAGGACAUCCUGAGGCUGGGAGUUCGCCUGCAGGUAGAUGAAGGUCAGGGGGUGAGUGACAGCAGCGGAUUGGCCGGAGCUCAGAGCUCCAGCAGCCGAUUGGACCAUGAGCCGGCCAGUGAGGCGGGCUACUCUGUGCCUCGACGAAUCACCAGCCACCUGGGAACCAAGGUGGAGAUGGUGUACAGUCUUCUGUCCAUGCUGGGGACGCACGAUAAAGACGACAUGUCGCGGACGCUGCUCGCCAUGUCAAGCUCACAGGACUCGUGCAUCGCCAUGCGUCAGUCAGGCUGUCUGCCGCUGCUCAUUCAGCUGCUGCACGGCAACGACAAGGACUCCCUGUUGCUAGGUAACUCUCGCGGCAGCAAAGAGGCUCGUGCGCGGGCGUCGGCGGCGCUGCACAACAUAGUUCACAGCCAGCCCGACGAUAAAAGAGGCCGGCGCGAGAUCAGGGUGCUCCACCUGUUGGAGCAGGUGCGUCAUUACUGUGAGGCGUGCUGGACCUGGCAGGAGAACCACGAGAGGGGCGUGGACCAGGAGGAGAACCCCAUGCCAUCUCCGGUGGAGCAUCAGAUCUGUCCGGCGGUCUGCGUCCUCAUGAAGCUGUCCUUUGACGAAGAACACCGGCACGCCAUGAACGAGCUCGGAGGUCUGCAGGCGGUGGCAGAGCUGCUGCAGGUGGACUGUGAGAUGUUCGGUCUGAGCAGCGAUCAUUACAGCGUCACGCUGCGGCGAUACGCCGGCAUGGCGCUCACCAACCUCACCUUUGGAGACGUGGCCAAUAAGGCCACGCUGUGCUCCAUGAAGGGCUGUAUGAGAGCGAUGGUGGCUCAGCUCAAGUCUGACAGUGAAGACCUGCAGCAGGUGAUAGCAAGCGUGCUGAGGAACCUGUCGUGGCGUGCUGAUGUCAACAGUAAGAAGACGCUGCGCGAGGUCGGUAGCGUGCGAGCACUAAUGGGCUGUGCUCUUGAGGUCCAGAAGGAAUCGACUCUGAAGUCUGUACUGAGCGCGCUCUGGAACCUGUCGGCGCACUGCACAGAGAACAAGGCGGAUAUCUGCGCCGUGGACGGCGCUCUGGCGUUUCUGGUGGGAACACUGACACACCGCAGCCACACCAACACGCUCGCCAUCAUCGAGAGCGGCGGCGGCAUCCUGCGCAACGUCUCCAGCCUUAUCGCCACCAACGAGGCACACAGGGAGAUCCUGCGUGAGCACGGCUGCCUGCCGACUCUGCUGCAGCACCUGAAGUCUCACAGUUUGACCAUCGUGUCCAACGCCUGCGGGACGCUCUGGAAUCUGUCAGCCAGAGAUGCCAAAGAUCAGGAGGCAUUAUGGGAGCUGGGCGCCGUGGGCAUGCUGCGCAACCUCAUCCACUCCCGGCACAAGAUGAUCGCCAUGGGCAGCGCCGCCGCCCUGCGCAACCUGAUGGCCAAUCGGCCGGCACGCUACAAGGACGCGAGCGUGGUGUCUCCGGGCGCCGGCGCCCCGUCAUUGCACGUCCGCAAACAGAAGGCGUUAUUCGAGGAGCUGGACGCCCAACAGCUGUCAGAGACCUUCGACAACAUCGACAACCUGAGCCCCAAGGCGUCACACAGGAAGGGGCGGGGCUGUAAUGGCGCCGGAGGAGGAGGGAGCUCCACGCGCUCGUACGCCAACACGCCGGUGUUGUCGAGCCCGAAGAACGGAGAUGGAGCAAAGAGGACGAGCGAGGAAGCGGCGUACGCUCGGCCCGUGUUCCCGCCCAGUGUGCGGGCGUCCAGUGACAGUCUCAACAGCGUGACAAGCGCAGACGGAUACGGCAUCCGCGGCAAGACCAAACCGUCGUCUGAGCCGUUCUACUCGUCAGACGAGAACGCAGUCAGCAAGUGCUGCGUCUACAGGAAGUACCCGGCCGACCUGGCCCACAAGAUCCGCAGUGCCAACCACAUGGCGGACGACGAUGGCGCCGAGCUGGACACGCCCAUCAACUACAGCCUGAAGUACUCUGACGAACAGCUGAAUUCUGGGAGACAGAGUCCCAGUCACCGCGGCGCCAUCGAGAGCGAUGAGGACGACGAGGAGGAUGCUCCGUUGAGGAGGAGGAAUGACACCGGCGACCCGGCCACAGCCAGCGGCCGCAUGGCGUCUGUCCUGCCGCCACGCUACGUUGUCGCCACGGGACCAUCUAACUACGGCAGUGACUCGACAGGUGAGCAGCCAAUCGACUACAGCCUUAAGUAUGGCGCUGACGCUGCCAACAAGCCGCUAUUCAAGCCAGAGGAGGCCGCCGCCCCCUCCGUCCCCCCUGCCCCACCAUCCUCUGCCAACAAGCUCCGCCCCCCGCCACCUGCAGCCAAUCGGGCGGGGCCAAAAGGUAACCAGGAGUCGACGCAGACCUACUGUGUGGAAGACACGCCCAUCUGCUUCUCCAGAGGCAGCUCGCUCUCCUCGCUGUCAUCAGAGGAGGAAGAGGAGGAUGGCGAUGUCAUCGGGAGAAGGAGGAGAGGUGGGAGCGUGAUCUGCGGCGGCAGCGGCGGGAACAACUACCCGACACUUCCUGUCAGCGAGAAGGACGCACACGAGCAGCAGCAGAGGCAGCUGAAAGAGGCAGAGAGCCAGACCGCCGCCGCCGCCGCCGCAGCUUCAGCUGUUCCCUCCACACGGGGAAGACGAGGUCACCACCAUCAAGGUCACGCCCACCACCAUCAUCACCACCACCACAUGGCAUCAUCAGGCGCCAGGACGCCUAAAAGUCCCCCGGAGCAGCCGUACGCUCAGGAGACGCCGCUGAUGUUCAGCCGCUGCACGUCGGUCAGCUCCCUCGACAGCUUCUCCACCUCCUCCAUCGCCAGCUCCGUGCGCUCCAGCGAGCCGUGCAGCGGCAUGCCAAGCGGCGUGGUCAGCCCCAGCGAUCUGCCCGACAGCCCGGGGCAGACCAUGCCGCCGAGCCGCGCCAAAACGCCGCCGCCGCCACCGCCAAUACAGAAAACAGAGGAGGAAAAGGCCAAGAAGGAGGAGGAGGAGAACAGUGCCGACGUCAUGCUUCACUUCGCCACGGAGAGCACGCCGCACGGCUUCUCCCGAGCCUCCAGUCUGAGCGCGCUCAGUCUGGACGAGCCCUUCAUCGUAGCAGAGAUGAAGAAGGCGGAGGAGGAGGAUGGCGGUAGCGAGGAGAGGAGCGAGGUGGAGGCAGCGAAACCGAUCCUUGACGAGUCUGACAACGAUGACGACCGUAAGAUCCUGGAGGCGUGCAUCAUCAUGGCGAUGCCCAAGUCCUCGCGCAAACCAAAGAAACCAGCAGCGCCACGGAAACCCAGCCAGCUUCCUGUUUACAAGCUCCUCCCACCUCAGAGCCGCACCCAAUCACAGCAGAGGAAGGAUGUGCCGCCGCCGCCACCGGAGGAGGUACCCAGAGUGUACUGUGUCGAGGGAACGCCUCUCAACUUCUCCACCGCCACCUCGCUCAGUGACCUCACCAUAGAUUCCCCACCCAAUGAAGAGGCAGCAGCAGCCGUCACACCUGUAGCCCCGCCCACCUCUGCCCAGAGACGGAGGGCUGGACUUCCCGAAGGCGAAAAUGGUGACGACAUCCUCGCAGAGUGCAUCAACGCCGCCAUGCCCAAAGCUAAACCCAGGAAACCAAUCAGAGCGGCAGUGACCAGUGAGAAUCUCCAAGCCCCGCCUCUUCCGCCGCCUCUUCCUCCUACAGCCCCGCCUCCUCUCAGCGCACAGCAGCAGAAGAAAAAGCCGACCUCGCCCGUAAAGCCGAUGCCCCAGCGGGCGCCGUACAGCAUCGCCACGGCAACAGCUGCCAAAGCAAAACCAGGGUUUGCCUUUGACUCACCGCACCACUACACGCCCAUCGAGGGCACGCCAUGCUGCUUCUCACGCAACGACUCGCUGAGCUCACUCGACUUUGAUGAAGACGACGGUGGCGAGAAGGACGACGAGGACAAGAAAAGUAAAGAAGAAGAAGGCAGGAAGAGGAAGCAGCAGACGGCCGCCAUUUUUCCUCGAACGAAAUCUGCGAGCAACCCGACGGCGAUGGACGAGAAGCAGAAGUUCGCCAUCGAGGACACGCCCGUCUGCUUCUCCAGGAACUCCUCCCUCAGCUCGCUGAGCGACAUCGACCAGGAGAACAACAACAAGGAGUUCGCUCUGCCGCCGCAGCCCGAGCAGCAAGAUGGAGCCAAGACAGGAACAAAG